AUGGGCAAAGCUUUAAAGGUAUUAGAGAGCGCAUCUCGUCGGGAACUACAGGCAUUAGCAAAGACAUUGAAGCUCUGUCGAGGCAAUGCAAAGUCGGACGUGAUUGUGACCCACGCCAAAGAGUUCAUCGACAACCACCCGAUGGAUGGCGAGCAGCAGGUGCUAGAUGCAUUGGGUAGCAGUGAAAGUGUAGUACCAGUCACAUCGUCACAAGAAGUGGAUUUUAAAAAUGAGGAGCAGCCGGAGGACGAACCAGUGGAGAAGAUUGAGACCAAAGACGUAUGCGUUGAGACUAAACGAGUGACGCCGAAGGAACAGGAGAAGAUAAAGAGCAAGCAAGUGUUGUCUCCUACAGAUACCAGUGAGUCGUCUCCUACCACUUCAUUGUCUGCAAAGAGCUUUGAGUCUCCUGUGACGACAACUGCAUCAUUGGCUAAAACGUCUUUCACUAUUGCUGGUAAAACUCGACCGACAGCAAGCGCCACGACUACCAAAAUGACUGCACCGAUCAGUAAGAAAGCAGGAGUUACGGCACGUAAAGCCGUAGAAGCUCUUGUCAACUCUGCGGGUGAUCUGACAUUUGUUGGAGAAUCACGAGUGCGCUGUUCCACAACGGGACACGAGAUGCUGGCAGAUGUGAACAUUAUUAACACGUACCUUUGUGGUAAGCGUUACCAAAAGGCACGUAACCUCAAGCUUUCUUUUGCAAAGUAUGCACCAAUGUUUGUGGAUCACCCUGACGAAUCAAAGACAGAUAUGCUGUGGUGUAAUGUGACCGAGUUAGCCAUUGCCCGAGAUGAAAAGCGUGUGAAAGACCACAUGACUGCCCCUAGAUAUCAGAAACAAUUGCCUAUUUGGAAAGAGCAAGAGGCUGCAAAGAAGAAAGCAGAGGAAGAAGAGAAACAACGUCGAGCAGCUCGCAUGGAGGCGUUAAAGAAGAGGAAGCUUGAUGCUGCAAAUGCAAAAGAAAAUGAUGAUGAUGGUGAUGAUGAUGACGCAUCAUUGAGUAAGCGGUCGAUCAAGCGAAAACGCCGAUCUGUCAAGUUGGAUAAGUAA